AGAUUUAAGUCAGUGCAUAGCACAUAUUGUUAUUGCUAGUGGUAGUAUAGUAUCAAUUACAUAAUUAAUUUUAUUAUUUAUUAAAAUGAUACAUAAAUGGUGGCACCGUUACAUCCGGCGUAAAACGAAACCCAUUCCAGUUGAUGUAGCCGUUUUAUGGAAACGUCGCCUUAGUUAUGCUUAUGGUUUUCUUGCAUGGAAUGCUUUCGGUGUACUGGUAUAUAGUAUAUACAAUGGAAAAGCCGAUUGGGCGCAUUAUUACGGUCUCAAAACAGAUGAAGAAGCCAAAAUGUCACCAGCACUGGGUUGGGCCAAUACUUUAGGUAUCAAGAAUGCUAAAGUUUACAGAAUAUCUGGACUGACUAAAGUUGAUGAAUAUGAUAUUGUGGAAGGAGAGAAAAAAACAAUUGAUAAAAAAGAAAUAAACAGUGAAGAAUUGGAAACAUAAUUUAUUUAUCUGUUGAUUUUGUUGUAGACAUAAGCUUAAAAUAACAGUUUCUGAACUUUAA